AUUGUCUCUGACAUCACUGAAGUGCAUUGCGAGUUUGCGAGUGGUUAGUUAGGGUUACAGAGGAAGCAGCUCCUUCACAGAUAAGCAGACAGUGCAAUAGAGAGACACAUGCUGUUUCAUAAGGAUACGCCUAAUUUCCAGAAAUAACCAUGUUUUUGUGGCUUAAACUCUUAGCAUUUGGUGUUGCAUUUCUGGGACAGGAUGCUUUUCUCAAAGGACAGACGAUAACAAUGACCACACCUGGUGCCACAGGUGCCACCCUUGCAAACAGCACGCACUUCUCCACGCACACAGCGCCCAGCCCCAGCACGGCACCGAGCACCCCAGCACUCAACAGCAGCACUGCUGCCCUCACCGCACGCACUCCCUCUGCCUUCGGGAAUGGUUCAGCAGAUGAUUACAAUUCAACAUCCUUGCACAGCACCACCUCAUCAGUCAGCAUGCCAACAAGCACUGGGAUCAGCCCCACUCACACAAUAGAAAUUAUCACAGUGAUACCUGAAGAACCUUGUGAUAUUAUUAAAGAUAUAAAAGACUCUAAGUGCGACUCUGAAAUGGCUGAAGUUGAACUGAAAAAUUUCACAAAAGACAGAGAAUAUUUUAUAUUGGGGGAUGGCAAAAGCAUAACUGUGAAUUCCAGCAACCGUUCAGUACAGCUUCGGAAAUGCAAGAGAUACACUGUUCAAGUUAAAAACGGCAGGUGUUCAGACAGUAGUUCUUUUUCUGUUCCGAAAGUCGUCAAUAAACCUCUUGUAGUCACGGACAUAACCAACAAAUCUGCCAGGUUAUGUCGGAAUAGCUCACUGGCCUGUGCUAAUGUGACUGUUACCUGCAACGGGACAUCACCUCUAAAGGAGCCUGACAAUUCACAGCCUACACACUCAGGAUGUAAAAAUUUAACUUGUGAAGAACUGAAAAAUUUAUCACCCUACCAUGAGUACUACUGCAUUGGAUUCAUACGUUUUAAUGAAAGGGAUGUUGUCAACCAAAGCUUCUCCAUACAAACAGACUAUGACAUUCCAAAAGCACCACAACACCUUAAAGUAAUGGAUAUAAAUACCACAAGUGUAACAGUUACAUGGAUGAAACCUGAGAACAAUUCAAAUGGUCCCAUAGAUGGCUACUUCGUGAAAUUCAUUGUGGAAGGCCAAAAUGUUCAUGAAAACAGAAUCCAAACAACUUCCUAUACUUUCAGUGAAUUUGAACCUUAUACCACAGCUUCUGUAUCUGUGACUACAUAUACAAUCAACAAGCGCAAUGAAACCCUUCGUGGUGGAUGUGUAAGCACAAACUUUACAACAGAAGCAAAAGCGCCACAAGAAGUGACUGAUGUUAAAAAAACAUUGACAGCUGAUAAUGCUGUCCAGAUUACGUGCAAAAAGCAAAAAGUGUUUGGGCCACGUACAGAAUUUAUACUGAUUUGGGAGAAUGAUGGAAAAAGUGAAAACAAAAGCAAGUGUGAAUUUAAAAAGGAAAAUCUCUUGUACUUAACAAACUAUAAAUUUAAGAUCUUCGUGAAUAAUGGACAAUUUGAUGGGAUACCAGUAGUGGGGAGUAUAAAAACCAGAUAUAAUUCUAGAGCCUUGAUUAUAUUCUUGGCAUUCUUGAUCAUUGUGACUUCAAUUGCUUUACUACUGGUUCUGUACAAAAUCUAUGAUCUUCACCAAAAAAAGCUUAGCAAUUCUUCUGAAGGCGUGAACCUUGUUGCAGUUAAAGAUGAUGACAAGCAACUUCUCAACAUAGAGCCAAUACCCUCAGAGCUAUUGCUGGACGCAUACAAGAGGAAGAUUGCAGAUGAAGGAAGGCUUUUCUUGGAAGAAUUUCAGAGUAUUCCCAGAGUUUUCAGUAAAUUUGCUAUAAAGGAGGCCAAAAAGAGCCAUAAUCAGAACAAAAACCGUUACAUUGAUAUUCUUCCAUACGACCAUAACCGUGUUGAGCUCUCAGAGAUGCCAGGAGAUCCAGGAUCAGACUAUAUCAAUGCAAGUUACAUUGAUGGCUUCAAAGAACCAAGAAAAUACAUUGCUGCACAAGGCCCCAAGGAUGAAACCACAGAUGAUUUCUGGAGAAUGAUCUGGGAACAGAAGGCAACAAUUAUUGUCAUGGUGACUCGUUGUGAGGAAGGAAAGAGGAACAAAUGUGCCCAGUACUGGCCAUCAAUGGAGAAUGGAACUGCAACGUAUGGGGACAUCAUUGUAAAGAUCAAUGAAAGUAAAACAUGUCCAGACUAUGUUAUUCAGAAACUGCACAUCACAAAUGCAAGAGAAAGGACAGCUGGAAGAGAUGUCACUCAUAUCCAGUUCACAAGCUGGCCAGACCAUGGAGUCCCUGAGGAUCCGCAUCUUCUUCUCAAACUCCGACGCAGAGUUAAUGCUCUCAGCAACUUUUUUAGUGGUCCGAUCGUGGUUCAUUGCAGUGCCGGUGUUGGGCGCACCGGGACAUACAUAGGGAUUGACGCCAUGUUGGAGGGGCUGGAUGCAGAAGGCAGAGUGGAUGUUUAUGGCUACAUUGUGAAGCUGCGUCGGCAGCGAUGCCUCAUGGUCCAAGUAGAGUCACAGUACAUCCUUAUUCAUCAAGCACUGGUGGAAUACAAUCAGUAUGGAGAAACGGAGGUCAGUCUCUCAGAACUGCAUUCCUGCCUUAAUGGUCUGAAAAGAAAAGACCACCCGAAUGAGCCUUCUCCGCUGGAGGCAGAGUUCCAGCGAUUGCCAUCCUAUAAGGGGUGGCGGACGCAGAACACUGGGAAUCGGGAGGAAAAUAAAAGCAAAAAUAGGAACGCCAACAUAAUUCCUUAUGACUUUAACCGAGUGCCCAUCAGGCAUGAACAUGAUUGCAGUAAGGAGAGUGAGCAUGAUUCAGAUGAGUCCUCGGAUGAGGACAGCGACUGUGAGGAAUCCAGCAAGUACAUCAAUGCUUCCUUCAUAACUGGUUACUGGGGUCCAAAAGCCAUGAUUGCAACACAGGGACCACUGCAGGAAACUAUCUCUGACUUCUGGCACAUGGUGUUCCAAAGAAAAGUCAAAGUCAUUGUUAUGUUGACAGAGCUGAAGGAAGGAGAUCAGGAACUCUGUGCACAGUACUGGGGAGAAGGAAAGCAAAUGUAUGAUGGCUUAGAAGUUCAAAUGGCAGAUGUCAACUCUGGUCCUAGCUAUACCAUACGUGCAUUUGAUGUUACACAUCUGAAGACAAAAGAAACUCAGAAGGUGUAUCAGUAUCAGUACCGUAAAUGGAGUGGCUGUGAUGUUCCAGAAACCCCCAAAGAUUUAGUCAGCAUGAUUGUCAACAUUAAACAAAAGCUUCCAGCCAGACCAGCCACUGAGGACAACAGGAGAACCCGCAGUGUCCCACUCCUUGUCCACUGCUGUGAUGGAUCACAGCAGACUGGUGUAUUUUGUGCUUUAAUGACCCUCUUGGAAAGUGCAGAAAUAGAAGAAGUAAUAGAUGUUUUCCAAGUCGUAAAAUCUCUUCGUCGCACCAGGCUGGGAAUGGUCUCCACCUUUGAACAUUACCAGUUUCUGUAUGACACCAUUGCCAGUACCUACCCUGCACAGAAUGGACAAAUAAAGAAGAACAGCCAGCAGGAAGAUAAAGUUGAAUUUUGCAGUGAAGCAGGAAAAUCAAAUCAGGAAGCUGAUUUGAUCACAACUGGUCUUGCCACACCACUGCCAGAGGAAAAGGAGCCACCUGAAACAUGUGAUGAUUCUAAGGCUGCAGAUAGCACUAAGGGAACAGAAAGCUCUACAAAUGGCCCCACAACUCCAGUUCUAUCUUAGAGCUAGACUAAAAAAAAAGUGCUUUUUCACAUGCAAAAAAUCUUAAGUAAAAGAAGAGGUAUAAGAUUUCUUCCUCUUCCCACUUUUUUUUUUUUUUGGAAAAUGUUUAGUUAUUUCAGUUUUUGAAAGGUACAAAUUUAAAGGAAUACUUGAAACUUGCAGAGAGUGACAAAGAACUGUGGCAGUUUAAUUUUUGUGUAGAUUAGCAUUUAAUACUUUUCCAGAAACCUUUUCACUAUUUUUAUACUUUGCCUUUUAAAAAUGUGUACAGUGUAAUGCUAUGCUGAGCAGUGCGAAGGAAAAUUUUUUAUUUCUGUAACGAGGGAAAAAGCAACUCAGAACAAGAUUAUUGUGUUGCAAGAACAGGUCUGUCCUCAAAACUACUAGCAAGUAAGUGAACCUAUAGGUAAGCAUAUACUCUAGUAUUUCAGGAGUAAUGAGAGCAUUAAUAAUACUCUUGGGACUUGUGGGACUUUGACAGUUUUAAGACCUUAUCGUUUACAUCAUGUGGCAAUUCCAAAGAAUUCGGACUUACAAAGAGCGUGUAAAUCCUCCCAUAUCAGUGUGGAAUAGCAAUUUUUGCAUUUUUCUGACUGUCCUCAAGGUGUCCUUAUUGCUCCACAUAUAUUAAUCUGAUAUUCCAGAGUUAGACUACUAUAGGAGUUUGGAGAGCGGAUUUGAAUCAUUGCAACAGUUUUGAUGGAAAACACAUCCUGUUACUCUUAGAGCUUAAAGAACUGAGCGCUUGCACAUUUCAUAUGCUUACUUUUAUUUAAAGGACUACUUCCAUAAUGCCUCCAACCUUUUUUCAGAAUUGGAAAAUACUUUGAUAAUUUUCCUCAAAACUUGUAGAUUUUAAUUGGUACAGGAUUUUUUUUUUCAUAAUGAUGUUUUGUAUGUUGCAAUUAUGAUAUUUUUACUAUUUCUUGCUGGAUUUUAGCCUACUGUUUUUAGAACAAAUAAAAAAGAUAAUUAAUAGUUGA